AUGAUAUUUCGUUUCCAGAAGAAGAGGCAAAUAAAGCACAUGAAAGAUGGUCAACGUGAAGGGAGUCGAGGGUCAUCUGAUUUAUCUGAAACAGAUACUUCUGGAUCUCAGAGUCCACAAAAGGGAACAUCUCCAAAGCCGAGUAGAAGUGUUCCGAAGGAACGAGGUGUUUUUGUGGGUAAAUAUGAUCUAAAACAUCAGACAUUAGUGAAUGGCAACGAAGCCGAUGCAUUUGGUGCUGAUAGAAAGACUGCUGAUAAAGGUAUUCCGAUAAAGGUAUAUUUCACACCGGUCUAA